UGGGGAGAAAAAAGAACAUCUAUUGAGGACGCAUCCGUUUUUUUUUUUUUUUUAUUGUUUUUUUUUUACCUCUCAGGCAUUCAAGUAUAUUUUCAUACAGUACGUACUUUAUUUGUUAUUGUAAUUUCCCAGCAGUCGAUAUCAACAUUAUGAACAAAAAAUGCGCACUUUUCAAUCCCAAAUAUGGGCUGGAAAUGUAACUAGUUCCGCCCCUCCAAACCGUUACGUCCUCUGGAAUAAGAAGACGGCACAGUCCGAGGACAACUCCCAGCCUGGAAACUUCGGGGCGAGCAGGAAAAAGACAUUACCAGACAUAUUCCACAAAUAUAAACCCUUUCCUUCCAUCGGGAAGUCAUACUAAUUUGAUUUUGUCUUUUCUUUAACUGAUGGACGAUUUAGGAGUGUGUGAUACAUCCAACUACCCUCUCAGUCCCCGUAUUGUUAUGUUUGAUGCCCUUCUUGCUGAUCUGGAAAAUUCAGCCUUUCCUCUGGGUUGCUAUCCUGUUCUGCUUACCUCUGACCCUCCAGCGAAUUCUGAUCCCCCAUCCAGUGCUCAGGAUCCUGCUGAGAACCGGCCACUCCCUCCAGCAUACACCCCACAACAAACUGUUUCUGCUGCAAUGAAGUCGAACGGCUCUCAGAACUCUAACCAAGACAAACUUUACAGUACAGUAUGUAAACCACGCUUCCCACGUACGGCAGAGCCUCCUCCUGCUUUCUCCUCCUCCUCAGUUCUGGGAGGAGGGCUGAGUGAACUUGAUCACUUACUACAGGAGCUUAAUGCCACACAGUUCAACAUCACAGAUGAGAUUUUGGCACAAUUCCCCAGCACCAAAAAAGACGAUCAGUUUUCAAAGUCUGGUCCAUCCUCUACUGGCUCAGCGAAACCCUCAGCUACAUCUGCUACUUUAGAGCUGGACAAACUAAUGGCGUCUCUAUCAGACUUCAGAGUCCAAAGCACACCAGCAGCACCUGAGGGUCCUGUGGCAUCUUCAUCACAGCAAACAGCUUCUCCACCCUCUGCAUCCUCUGGAGGCUCAUUGGACAGCAUGUUGGGUCUUCUCCAAUCAGAUCUGAGCAGGCAGGGAGUGCCUACCUCCUCUAAGGGAAACUGUUCCGCCUGUCAGAAACCAGUUGUAGGACAGGUUGUAACAGCUCUGGGACGGGUUUGGCAUCCAGAGCACUUUGUUUGCUCUGAGUGUGAGUGUGAGCUUGGCAAUUGUAAUUUCUUUGAGAAAGAUGGUCAACCAUACUGUGAGCCUGACUACUUCACCCUGUACUCACCUCACUGUGCACAGUGCAACAAGCCCAUACUCAAUAAAAUGGUGACUGCGCUGGAUAAAAACUGGCAUCCAGAAUGCUUUAGCUGUGUGAAAUGCAGCUCAACAUUUGGAGAUGAAGGUUUUCAUGACCGUGAAGGCAAGCAGUACUGCCAGAAGUGUUUUCUGGCCCUCUUUGCCUCUCAUUGUCAGGGUUGUUCCCAGCCCAUCAUGGAGAAUUACAUCUCCGCUCUAAGUGCUCUGUGGCAUCCGCAAUGCUUUGUUUGUAGGGAAUGCUAUAGCCCAUUUGUGAACGGGAGUUUCUUUGAGCAUGAGGGGCAACCCUUGUGUGAAGCUCACUACCACCAGUCCCGAGGAAGUGUGUGCCAGGCAUGCCAGCAACCCAUCCUGGGGCGCUGUGUCACCGCAAUGGGUGCCAAAUUUCAUCCACAGCAUCUGGUGUGCCACUUCUGCCUGAAACCCCUCAGCAAAGGCUGCUUCAAAGAGCAGGACAACAAACCAUACUGCCACCCCUGCUUCAUCAAACUCUUUGGCUGAGGAGAGUGAGGAAAGAUGAUAAAGCAGAUUACUCAACUGCCAUCCAGCUUUUCACAAAAAAAUAAAUAAAAUGUUGCCAAAUAUAAAGUACAUUGUUUGGCCAGAUGUACUGUAUGGGGACAGCCCCUUCUAAUUAACAGAUUUAACUAUUCUUAACUCUUUUUAAUUUUGAUGAUGCACUAUCAUGCACAUGCACUGCCCCCCCCCCCCCCACAAAAAAAAAAAAAAAAAAAAAAAACUCUUGAAAUCAUUACUUAUAAUCCAUUAGUGUGUUGUGGUGUUUGUGCAUUUCUGUGCUGCAGCCUUUUUGCCAGAUGUUGCUUCAGUUUGGGCUGCAUGUGUUCUUGCAGCUGAUAUUAUGUCAGGGGCAUUGAGGAGCAUUUGAGGAGUAGCUUUAAGAUCGAAAAAAAGAUAGAGGUAGUCAAACCUGGUAAUUAUAAGGGGGUGAGUUCUUUGCAUAUUUUUGGCCUGUUUUCCAAGUGCUUUUCAAACCUGUCCUGGAGUCUCAUUUAGUUUAAUAAUAAUUGUAGUUAUCAAUACAACAACUUUGCAUAAAUAUAGGUAUAUAUUAAUAUUAAAAAUCUAAAUAUUUGGUGCAGUGUUCAGUUUGAAAAAUAAGUUAUUGUUUAUAAGGCCACUUGUUCAUCAAGAAUACCAAAUACAUUUUUUGGUAUUCUUCUUGUUGCUCUGGUGCAUUACAUUACACACCAUACUGUUUGUUUUUAGGAGGAUUUGAAAUUAGGGUAGGCAACACCAUCAGUUCAAUAACCAAUUUGAAGGGUUAUGAUUAUAUUCUAUCACUUUGAAAGCCCCUUCCCUUUAGAGGAGUCUCCAAGAUUAGCAAAACAAAGCGUAAUGCUCUGAAAUGGUAAAGGUGUAAAAGGAAAGCCAUUUGAAAUAUGAAGGGAAAUAAAAAAGGAAAAUAAUUUGAAAUAUAAAAUGUGUAUCCAAAAUAGACCUACAUAAUAUAGGCUUUAUAAUUAAAUUUUUCUUUAUAUAUUUCUUUGUAACUUUGAGUCUGAUUUUUACCUAUCAUCUUCACUUUUGAGCAGAGUGGAAAAUGACAUACCCAAACUUAAAUCUUCACAGUUUAUGACUGCUUCACACUACAGGCCUAAUCAGUGUCUUUUUUAAAAGAAGAAACAGUUUUGGAGUUUGCAGUAUACCAAACAAUAUACCUGAAUUGAAAACAACAUUAUAGAAGUCAUUAUGAAUUUAUUAUUAUUAAUAAUAUUAUUUAUUAUUAUUAUUAUUAUUAUUAUUAUUGUAAUAUUGCAGUAUUUAUUAUAAAUUAUUUAUCAGUGUUUGUUAUAUAUAUAUAUAAAAAAGAUUGAUUGAAAACAUUAACAUGCCUGCCCCCCUUUGCAAUUUAAUGUUUUAUAUGAUGACGUAAACAGCAAUGCAAGGGCUGGGGAAUAAGAUGCGUGGCCAGAUAAGUUUAAGUCCGUCACUUCCAGAAACUUAUCGCUCAUAUGAUGCAGCUGCAAAUUAACCAAUGUCAUUGGAACAAUAAAUUACUCAUGGACAAAACCAAGUACUGCCCCACCUAUUGUGAUGUUUCAGUCUGAUGUAUGUCACAAUACGGAAAUGCCACAACUGCAGUUUCAUAAUGAAUUUAUUUUAAAGAAAGUACACAAAAACCACAGUGUCCAUUUCAAUUUAGAGCUUUUUUUUCUGCCCCUCUUCCUGCCUUGUGCCCCUGAAAUGUUGUUCUUUGUUUGAUUAUUUGCUGCAUAUGUUGUGCUAGCCGCAUAACUAAUGUGUAUGAUAGCUAUGGUAUCAUAAUCAUUAUGAUCUGGGCAGUGCCUUACACAGGGAUCUCCAAUCCUACUCCUGGAGAGGUACCAUUCUGCAGACUUCAGUUCCAACCCUGCACCAACACACCUGCCUGCAAUUAUUAAGUAACCCUGAACACUUUGAUUAGCUGGUUCAGUUGUGUUUGAUUGGAGUUGGACCUGAAAUCUGCAGGACAGUAGUGCUUUAAUUUCCAAACAGUGUUUUUGCCUUGCUCUAAAUCACUAUGGUAAGCCUAUAAUAAUUUUUGAUAUUUUAAAGCUGUCGGGCGAAGAGGAACAGGCUACUACUAUAUGCAGGGAAUGGCUUGAAGCAACAACAAUGAACCUUGAACAACAAUGAACCUUGAACUGAAAGUAGUUCAUAUAUGAAAAGAGAAAGUUUGAAUAGCAUCACAUUUGCUGUUCUUUGACUAUGUUCACAAAACAAUGUUUAUGUUAAUAACAGUGCCAGUCUCUAAAAUUUAGUCUAUUUGCCUAUAAAUAGCUUAGAGAAGUUAUAAUAGUUUUAACCAUUUAACCUUAUGUGAUAUGAUUAGAUGUCAUGUCAGCAUUGCUAAACUUUUGUAAUGUUAUUUUAAAACAAUUGUUUUCAACAAGUCAAAAUAUGAGCAGAAUGAACGCUAAUUACCUGUUCAUAAGAGAUAUUUUUGGAUGUCUUUUAAUAUUUAUUGGGGAAGUUUUGAUAUCACUAGUGACAUUCUCACUGAUAAGUCUAUCACGAGGUUCAUAUUCAUGAAACCAAACCAAAACAAUGUUCUUCUGCAGGUAACUUGUAAUUAUUUUACCUGUGAAUACCACUUUCUUGUUCAUGCAAUGCAUAUUGUAAGGCUGUUUUUGAAAGCUGUUCUUUAGAGAACCAGCAGAUGGCGGCAUUUAUUAUAUACUCUACAUUAUAUUGUAAAAAAUAAAUAAAACAUACAUGUAUGCAGAAUUAGUGGGAAACAUUAUUUAAUAAAAAUAAAUGUGUACAGUGUAAUUGACAAAGAAAAAUGAAAGACAUUGUGAUAAAGAUUAAACAGGUUACUAGUGCCGAAAAAGUAAUUAAUUGUAUACACACAAUUAUUUUGUCACUGGACACUCUUAAAACAGUGUUAUACUGUCAUGCACUUAUUCAGUAGAAUAUAUCAACCUUUUCUCUUUUUUUUUUCUUCUUUUUUUUCAUUAUUAUUAUCACAUUGGUUUUAUACUGCAGCUUGAUGUCACAGCAUUUUUUUAUUUUUUUUUAUUUUACAUAUUAUUUAUUCCAGCUUUCUGUUUGAAGUCUUGUUUUUGAAAAGCUAUAUAUUGUGAUUUUGCUGUAUCUCUUACCAAACAACCAAACAGUAAAAUGGUAUGCGUGAUUGAUUAUGUCAUUACCGUACAAUAUUCUAAAAGAAAAUAAAUUUCUUUAUUCAUUAACAAA